UCUCGUCCUGCCUCGCCUAUUCGCGCUGUUCGCACUGGUCGUCGUGUUCCUCGUCCGCGUCCUCCUCCUGUCCCCGGCACUCACAUUAUGGCACUUCGUCCUUCCUCUAUUCCACUGCGAGUUCCCCUGGCGUCUCCUCCUGCGUCCUCUCUUCCUGACGGUCCGGACCCUGAGUCUGACUUAGUUCGUGCUACCAGUCCUACUGUCCCAUGUCUUCUAGACACUGUUGUCACUGACCCUUCGUUUGAGUCCACUGCAGCGUCUGCCCUAGUUGCUGAGCUUGUUGACUUUGCUGCCGCCUGUCGUCUCGACUACGCUGCUAGUCUUGUUGCUGAGUCUGAGUCUGACUGUCCUUCGCCCGUUGGGGGUGAGUGUGCUCUUGGCACGAACGUUCUUGAGGACAGGCAGGAGGACUUUGAGUGUCUUGCAGCUACUGUAACUCAUCUCGUAGCCAUGUUGUUUGCACCUGAGGGAGACCCGGAUGCACCAGACAUCCCGACCCCGCGCUCUUAUGCAGAGGCGAUUACGGUUCUGUUGCACGUCGCCGCUGAGCGUGACUACGAGCUGCACUCUCUUGACUUCAGCACAGCUUUCUUACAGGGCAGCCUGCACGACGAGAUCUGGCUUUGCCGCUCACCUGGCUUCACUGGGUCGUUUCCUGCAGGUUACCAGUGGAGCCUCCGGCGGCCAGUCUACGGUCUCCGCCAGGCGCCUCGCGAGUGGCACGACACACUGAGGACGACGCUUGUGGCUCUUGGGUUUGCUCCUUCCUCUGCUGACCCGUCGUUGUUUCUGCGCACCGACACUUCGUUGCCGCCGUUCUACGUCCUAUUGUGCGUCGACGACUUGGUCUUCGUCACUGCUGACACUGAGGCAUUGGCCCUUGUGAAGUCGGAGCUGCAGAAGAGACACACCUGCACUGACCUGGGUGAGCUGCGCAGCAAUCUUGGCUUGCAGAUCACCCGGGACAGAGCACGGCGCACCAUCACCCUGACUCAGUCACACAUGGUGCACCAGGUCCUUUAG